UCUUUACUGCGUUUGCUAUCUCUCUCUCUUUUCUUCCUUUUUUUUUAUAUAUUAAUCCUUCUUUUUUUUUUCUUUGCGGAAAAAAGAACCCUUGACUUUCCUUUAUAACGUUUUUAUUUCUUCAUUGUUGAUCGCAUCACCAUUGUAGUGUUUUAUAUCUCUCUCCAAUUCUCCAUAAAAUGGGCCCUCCCAACAGUGUAGACAUGUACUACCCUUCGACGUCGUCUAGUUACCACCGUCGAGGUUCGGCCACUUCGCUCAUGACCGCUUCCACUUCAACCGUCACGCUGAAUCUUUCGCCCAACAAGCCAUCAUCACCAUCCUCAUUCCGUUCCUUUCCUCAUUCCCGUCUUUCUCUCUCCAGUCACGGUCCCAGCUUAUCAAAACAUGACAGAAAAUGGCGCUGGUGGCAUUACCUUUCCGGAGUCAUUUUUCUCCUUGCUCUUCUUCAACUCUUUGCUCUUACCACUGGGUUCACCCUUCUUAAUAACCAAGCCUCCUCUAUUCGAAUAGCUGUGCGUCAGUAUCCUUCGAUGCCGUAUCGACAUUUGAAUUUGCAAUCAAUCAUGUUGAGCAAAGCAACGACGGUGUAUCAUGUUACCAAGGAGUUUGGCAUGGCAACUAUGGGAGGCAUGGGGUUGGUUGUCACGGCCCUGGCGGCCGCGCAACAGAAAAGUGGAGCGAAUCAAGUGUCGGUGGUUAUGCCUUUCUACUCUUUCCUCAAGAACAAGUACGAAAUCGAACGAUUCGUGGAUUUGGUGAUUCAUAUUCGCGAUAACAAAGGAAACCCUGUUCCCGUGGAGUUUCGCGUGUCGAAAAUGAUAUACCUCUUGAAUCCUUCCCCCGCCCCCACCCCCGCCGCCCUUGGAACCAAUGCAUCGGCCGAUCCGUCUCAGGUCCCGAGUACCCCUUUGCCGGCGCCGACUGAAAUGAUUCCGGUGUACCUGAUUGGUCCAGGCAAUCGGAAGCCAUUUAGCCAAGCCUUCCGCGCUCGCAAACCACAGAACAUUUACUCCUCGCCCAAAGGACUCCCCCAAGAUUGGCGGGAUCAGUUUUUCGCCAAAGCCGCCGCCGCUUUCUUAGCCUAUCAAGCGACCGCCACCGAUGAAGAAUCACUUUUUGCCCCUCUUCGUCCUACCCCUAGCGUGGAUAUCGUUCACUUGCACGGCGCCACCAAUGCUUACAUUGCCAAAUUACUCGCGGAUGAACGUGCCCAAGAAAUGCUCGGCGCCAAACCGCCCGCACUUGUAUACACGAUGCAUGAUUACCACGACGAACUGCAGUACGCCAACACCGUUGCCAACGUACGCAAAUUCUUGGAUCAUGCAGAUAUGGACACGGUCGAGCCCCCGAGCGAGUACGUGUUGGGCCAUCGGAUGUUUAUGUCGCGUCUUGGCAUUGAUUAUGCCGAUGCGGUGACGAUCGUGUCACGUACGAUGGCGGCGGCCAUUGUGGAAGGACGACAGGAUUUCUAUUUGAAGGAACUCGUGAUGGACAGCGUGCUUCGCAAGGCCGAACAAGCUCGAUUCUACGGAAUUAGUAACGGUCUGGAUGUGGCGGUGUUGAAUCCGUUUACAUCACAGCGCCUUUUAGAUCGCAAGUUCGCCUUUCCAGAAUACGCACUUGACCUUAUUCAGCAACCAUCGGCGCUUUCCAACGUAUCGAUCGACUUGAGUCGAGCCGAAUGGUCGCUUUCCCCGCUCGCCAACGACUAUGUGACUACGGCCAAAGAUCGCGCCAAGCGGUUCCUUGUACGUCGUGGGAUUUUGUCCGAGGAGGAUCUGAAACGACCCUUGGUACUCUUUAUCGGCCGAUUCCAGUCCGCGCAUGAAUUGGACUUGUUCGAAAAGGCCACGCAGCACUUUGUGACCCACGACAUGCGAUUCGUAAUCAUGACCCAGCCCAACAACUACCCCCUGGAACGCAUUGAAGCCUUGGAAAUGAAUUACCCGGAUCACGUCCGAGUCCUGUCGACCGCCAAAGAACAACGUCAAUUCUCCAUCUUUUGUCGAGCCGCCGCCGAUAUCGCGUUUGUGCCUUCGGAAACCGAGAGUUUUGGUUUGGUCGCAGCGGAAGGGUUGCUUUUUGGUUCGUCGGUACUAUCGACCGGAGCCGGAGGACUGGGAGAAUUUUUGACCGAUCGACCGGCCAUGGCCAACGAUGACAUGACCACGACUCAGCGCAAUGUCUACAUUCACCGUGACAAGAUCAGUAAACAGACGACCAUUACCAGCUACGAAAAUUACAAUGCAUACCUGUUUGAUGUAAGCAGUUUGGAGAUGGCCAUUCGCGAUGCGGCGCUGGACUUUAAACGCAACAGUGAGAACAAAAUGCUCAGAGAAGAAUAUGUACUGCGCAUGAUCCAGAGUGCCAUGACCCUGGGCUGGGACCGCCAUCAAGGUCCCGUGGAUGAAUAUUGCCGCGUAUAUGAACUGGCUCUAAUCGAUCGCAAAAUUCCUGAAAUUAAAAAGCACGAAGUCGAAGAAGAAAGAGCCCUUCUUCAACGUUUGCUUCAUCGUCAGGUCUAAGUUUAGCCUGCAUUCAUCCUUUUAUUUUGUGUGUUCUUUUAGUUAGUCCUCUCCCAUUGUAUUAUAGCCAUUCGUCUCUCUUAUUUAUUGUUCCGCUGUAUAACAUCCAUCUGUCUUAUUUAUGCAUUCACGCUUACACUUUGUUGUUGCUUCUUUUUUUUUAUUUUCACCUUUCAUCCCUUUGUUUCCGCUUUCUGUUCACUGAAAAAAAAACAUCAUUUCACACGAUUUUUGAUUAUAAAAAUAAAAUAAAUACACUCAACCUAAACAUAAAGAGUAAAAAAACACUAAUCCUGUAACCUGUGAAUUUUUUUUGUCUUCUUCUCUUGCCUUUGCAAGUAUCGUGAAGCCCGCAUUGCAUACGAUACUGU